CUUUCUGCUUCUUCUGUAAAUGCUAAAGUAUUCUUCGGGGAAUAUCGAUUAAAUUUGAUUGGCGCUCGUUGUGAAUUGACUUUAGAUGUCCAUUUUGAUUGAAUUGCGUUGUAAUUUGCAACUUAUGUUAGGGUUACAUCUAAACUGGACACAUUUUCCACUGGUUGGAGUAAUUUUAGAUGUAGCAAGACAAAGAUUAUGAGUUACGAACUGCGCAUGUGGACUAUAGAUAGUUUAUGUGAUGCUUAUGUUGGUGAUCAUAGCUUUUUAGUUUUCUCGUAGACAUUAUCAGGGCUGGAAAAGUAAGGUUUGCAGAUCCUGAAAUUGAUAGUACUUCUAAUCUUAGAACAGAUCCAUCUAUACUUCGCCAUGAGCCAACUGAGGCUCCAGGAUCCAAUUCACCAAAAACUUCAGAGUAUGCAUUCUUCAAGAAAUUAAAGAAGGAUGCAGGUUGCUGUCGCCCUUAUCCUUUAAAUAAAGAGGACAACAAAUUGAAGAAGUUUGAACCAAGUGGCUGGACCAGAGAGAUCACAAACAUGUCCAAGGACAGCAGUUCUGAAUUCAGAUCCUCCUCACCCAUCCAAAAAGAAAGACAUAUUUCCCACAAUUUUUUACUAUCACCACAUGCCAAUGUAUCGAAGAGUUCAGAUCCAACUGAUAUUGGCAAAAUUAGCCACAAGGACAUCAGGUCCCCAUUGGAUGUUGAAAAAAUUACACCUAUGAGUGACAAGUUCCUCUGCUCACCCCUUGAUUGUGCAUUAAGAAAAUUAGGAAGUGAAUACUUGGAUGGAGAAGUCUUUUCUGGAAAAAGAAAAAGAUUAUAUCAAUUGGCCUUGGAGUCAUUACCUGAAGUUGAGAAACUGUGUUCUGAUCGGUGCAAUUUGGUUUCCAUCCUCCUCAAUCGACUGUUUCCUGACAUUGAAGAAAGCAAUUGCUGUAGGGAUGCAAGGCCAGCGCCACCAAUAGCUGGUCCCAAAUUUUCAUCAGAUGUUUCUCAUGAGUCAGAUACCUACUGUAAGGGAUUUUAUUGUACUGAAAGAAGAGACCUCGUCCAAGCUGAGCAUGGGUGGUACUCAAAUGAUUUCUGUCAAAGAUCAAUAGAGAUAAGUCCUUUAAACAGCCCUGCUGCAAAAGAACAAUUUCAGUAUGAAAACAAGAAAUAUUGGUCUGAUUAUGAAGGCGGAACUGCAAGUUUGGUAACUGUAGGUGAUCCAUACUAUUGCACUAAACUAGAAAAUUAUGGAACUAUUUCAUCGAAUCAUAUCAAAAAGCUGAAUAGAUUUCAAGACACGGACGAAUUUGCCAAUGGAAUAGGGCCACGUGCUCUGUUACUGAGUUGGGACUUUAACCGCUUGAAAGAUAAAGGAGAUUCAUCUAUUACAAGUUGUAGUACAGAGAUUAAAUUACACUCCGCAGUGGCAGCUUCAUGGGAUGAUCACCAACAGGAUCUGGAUAGUAGUACAGAUGCAGGUUGGUUGUGCUCAUCAACUUUCUUUUCCGAUAUUCCUUCCAAAUUUACCUCAUUACCACAUUGCCAUAGUUGGGAUUUUGAAAGAUUCCUUGAAGAGGAGAAGUUUGUCGUUGGGGAACUGAAGCAUCGCCCACUGACUUUGUCAGAUGCUCCAAACUGUCUUAAUCUAAGAGGAGACUCCUAUAAUUACAAUUCAAACAAAUGUAGCAGUCUAUUCUCUCAUCAUCACUACCCAUGGACUCUAAGCAAGCUUUUCAACGAGAAGUGUCAUCCUGAUUUUGGACCGUUUGUCCUUCACUCUGGACUAGGUUUUGAUUUAAAGUCCUCACCAAUAAGCAGUUCCUUUGAUGAACUUAAUCCAUCAAUUUAUGAUGUUUUUCAUUCACCACAUAAGGAAUGUCCAGAUUCUUUUCUUCUUGCAGCAGAGGAACAAGAGGAUUACUUGGAUAGCACGAACCACAGACAAAUUAUCACUCAUUGUGCUAAAGAUAUAUUUGACAGUAAUCAGUGGUCUUCCAUAAAUUCCAGGAUACCUCUUGACAAAGAGAUCACUGGCCCCUUGCUGCUUGACUGUUCAAGUUGGAUUGGAUCUGAAGAAGACAAUAAUAAUGACGACAAAAAGAGUAUGAAUCUGAUGCUUCCAGCCAUUUUUAGAUACCCUUUUGAUUAAGAUCACCAAGGUAUGGGCACUGCUGUUAGUUUUCGGCUCUUGAGGGUAAGUAAUACUUCUUUGGUAGCUGCAUUCUAAAUGGAAAUCUUUAAUGCCUUCAUGUCUUUGGUUGGUUGUUGAGUUACUAUGAUAUAAAUAUCUCAUCAAUUGACCUCUUGAUUUGUGAACCUCGCUAUUUUAUUAAUGAGUUGCCACUACAGAUUAUAUACUCCUAUUCAAGAGAUUUACUGGCAAUAUUAUAGUCAGAGCCGGCCUAAUGAAGUUGGGGACCCAGACAAAAAAAGAUUUGUUGAGGUCUUUAAAUAAUACACUUUUUUAUACCAAACAUUUCAUCAUUUUAUUAAAUAAAAGUUAAAAUUCAAUAAACUACAAAAUAUAAUAAAAUAUUUAUAAUGUUUUGUAUUUAAUUUUUAAUAAAAUAUUUAUUAUUAAAAAAUAAAUAAAUAUAUUAUAAAUUUUAAAAAUAUGGGGCCUUCCAAUUUUGGGGGCCUUAUGUCAUGGCAUAUAUGGCUUUAUAAUUGGGCAGGCCCUAAUUAUAGUCUAGUCAGUAGCUGGAAGAUAGCUCUAGAAUCUGCUACCAUGUUAACAAAUCAACAAAAAGCUAUUUUUGAACUGAAGAUUACUGUCUAAACUCUUAUGAAAGUCUGAGGAGAAAGAAGUAUUAAAGUAAUAGAGAUGUUUUGAAAGAUCCUUCUUUAGCUAAUGAAAUGAAGAAAAAGUAACUGCACUAUCGGAGAAAGCUGCAUUAGUCUGCUUUGUCUCCCCCUUCCCCCUUUCUUCCCUUGGAUUCUAUACAUAUAUAUAUAUAUGUGUGUGUGUAUACAUCUUACAUUAUGCAUGUGCAAUGUGUUAUUUUCUGCAUUUUUACGCGUAAGAGUGAGACCUCUCAUGUGCUUGCAAUUUGUCCUGGAUCAAUAGGUCGUAGACAUAUUACUCGAUUUCUGGGCUCUACUAAUUCCAUCGUAUUUACAAAAAUCCCAAGCCAUUCACCAGGGCUGUUUAAAUACCUUUUUCAUUUGUCUCACAGCGUGCCGUGUAUAUAUGUGGAACAGGGUCUUGGCCUUUCCCCUAGUUGUUUAUCUUGCCUCAUUAAAUAGGUAACACAUUAAACCGCCCCUGGUAGAGGGGAUAGGCAUAGCUACUAGAAUAGCAUUUGUUGUUUCGCUAUAUUGACUCUAGGACGGAACGGAAACCUAAUUAUCCGACAAAAGGUACUGGGAAUUUAUUUCGUUGCCCUAAAGAUUCUGGAAUUGUACUGAUGGGAAUGCUUCCAUAUUCUGCGCUUAACAUCUUCAAUGCAGGCAUCCUUUUUUAGUUGCUCAGCUUCUUCAUUAUCCUGACUCCUGACCAUUUAGAACUGGCAUUUCUGCAAAUGCUAUUACUCCACGUGGCUCUUCAUUUUAAAGGUCAUAAUAAUAAUAAUAAUAACAAUUUUUACCUCAUUAAUUAUGUCUCCUAGAAUUGCAUAAAUAUUUCAAUUGCUUAUAUCUGUUAUCUUCUUUUUAAUUGUCCAUAUCAGAAGACAACAUCUUUCUUCAUUAGUUUAAUUACCCUAUAUCUAUAUAUGGCAUGGCCGCCAAGUCAGGUCUGUCGGCAGUUCACUACCGAAUGGUAGAAAUGGGGAGUAGGAAUUUAUUUUCUCUGCAAAAUUGAGCUGUACUCGUCUUUGGUUAUUUUUUACACCUAGGAGAUAGAUACUUUCAAACAGGGUUUCAAUUAAGCUAUGAUUUCAUCAAAACAUGGAUUCCUAAAUUAAUUGGAGAUUGUUUUGCGUGGCGAUGGUUUCUUUUGGUAAAAUUUGAAGAGUUCUUUAUUUAUUAUUAUCAUUAACAAUAAUUCAUGGUAUUGAGUAGAUUUAUUGUUAAUUUUAAAUAAAAUUAUAAUAAAUUAUAUAUCAUAUCAAUUUAUAAAUUUUUUUUGUUAAACUUAUUUAUAAAUAUAAUAUUUUUCCUUCAUAAAUAGACGAUCCACCAAAAUCAGAGUCUUGGUGUGAGCAUCUACAAGACAUUUUGGAAAUGUUUCACUUUAGUACUCUUAACUUUGAUGUAUGCCUUCUUGACCCAUCUUGAAUAGAAGAAUGAUAAAUGUUAUUUUGUAAUGUUUAUAUAUUAAUGUUUUGUAUUUUAUAUUAUAUAAAAAUAAAUGUAUAAUAUAUUAGUCCACGAGGGUUAUUUAUGUAAGUUUUAGUUCUCUGGCUGUCUUAUAGUUAUUUUUUCGCUGUUUUUGAGGGGCAGCAAGACAGCCAGUAGAAUGUGGGGGAUUAAGUAUAGGAUCUGGGCCUGGGUUGCGUAGGUUGGUUGUGGCAUUAACUUAAUUGGACCACCCCGUACCAAGUAGGUCGCUGCUUAUGCAUAACAUUGAAGGUAGAUAAAAGACGACAAAAAAAAAAAAAAAAAAGAGGACACCUGGCAUGCCCCCCCUCGCCCCCGGGCCUUCCCCUCUGUAUCCGUGGUCCCCACCUACCAGCCAACCCAUCGACUAGGUCUCCUCCUAAUUGUUUAACCUCUCCAUCUUGAAUUUUAUCUAAAAAAAUAAUAUAUUUAUUAAAAUCGCAUAAUUAAAAUGAGAAAUUCUUGCAGGACCCCAGAUUUAGCAAAAAUAUACUGACCACCACCUCUGAACUAUUAGCGCAAUUUUCCUCUUCUUGUUAAGAGACACCCAUUAAUCCUUUUAAAUUCUCCAAGAGUGUCACUUUUCUCUCUACUAUAAUUACACAAAAAAAAAAAGUAAUUUAUUAUUUUGAGAAUCACUUAGAUCACAAAUAAACCAUGAGAAUGCAAUAUGACUUGAUUCAUUUCAUUUCAUGGUCGAAAUUUUAAUAUAUGGUUUCUUUCUUUUAUUUUUUUUCUAAAGCAUUCAUUACUGAUGUAAACAAUAUCUUUGACACUUAAUAAAUGUCUGGGCAAGUUUGCAUGUGUUGUUAACAAUUAAUUUAAGAGCCUCCUUUUUGCAUUGUGAUAAAUAAUAUAAUAUUAUAAUAAUGUAAUAAAGACUCAUCUCGUAUCUACCU